GUGCUGUUGGUCGGGCCAUCUCUUCUCCUGAUUUCAAUUUUUCUACGAAUUUCUGGAUACCUCAGUCAUGGCAUUGUUGGAGACCCCUCUAUACUCGCAAUUAGUUCGCGCCUUCCGUGAUAUUCUCCCUAUAGGGCGACCCGCUGCUGUGGCCGGAGUGUCAGAUGGGCCCGUCCUCACAAGCACAGAUGGCUCCACGAUACCUCCGCUCGCACCGACAGAUCUCCCCUAUCUCCCGAGGGACAUACGUCCUACCAUCCUAGAGGCCAAACUACACCCACGUACUAGAGAGAUUGUCACAGAGUGCCACGCUUUCUUCCUAGAGCAUUGGCCUUUCCCAUCAGACAAGCACAGAAAGCGCUUCUGCGACGAGGGCUACGCAUGGUUCAACUGCAUUCUCUGCCCAGACGGCCUAGACGACCGCAUGGUUGGCGUGUGCAAAUUUCUCACCACCGGCUUCCUUAUUGACGACAUGCUCGACCGCAUGUCAGUGGAGGACGGCAAGGCACACAACGCGGUUGUCAUCGCGUGCUCACGCGGCGAGCGGUUACCAGAUCGCAAGAAGCCUGCGCAGUGGAUCAUGUACGACCUGUUCGAGGAGUUCCGUGAGAUCGACAAGGAGCUUGCGGAUAUGCUGCUUGGGUAUACCAUCGACUUCUUCGAGGCGCAGACAGACGCCGAUCGGUCGAAGCCGAAAAGCUUGAAGGACUACUUUGAGUACCGGCAUGCGGAUCUGGGCAAAGGCUUCAUGUCCGGUGUAAUGUGCUUCUCUAUGGGCCUCCACAUGAAGCCCGACGAACUCGCCCUUGUCCAGCCCCUCGAGAUGAACGUCAUGCGCCACGUCACACUCGUCAAUGACAUCGCAUCGUACGAGAAAGAAGUGCUCGCUGCGGGCAAGGGCUUUGCGCUCGGGCAGUUGUGCUCGGCGGUCCCGAUCGUCAUGACGGCGUGUGGUGUCAACGAGCUCAGCGCGAUGCGCAUCAUGUGGGAGAUGUCGCGGGAGCUGGAGAAGCAGCACUUUGUCCUUUUGGAGGAGGCGAUGAAGCAGUGCAAUAGUGAGUCGAUGAGGUUGUAUGCGAAGGGGUUGGAGUUUCAAGCCGCGGGGAAUGAGAGAUGGAAUUUGCUAACGCCGAGAUACAAUCGAUCGGGUGGGCUGCCUUUCGCUGAGGGUAGAAUAUGGGGGUGAGCAUUCUCCUUUGGUCAUUACAUACGAC